AUGGUCCCCUCCACGGAGCAGCUGAGACACAGUGCUAGUGAGAGGAGGAGGUCUCUCUCUGGUUCCCUAUCGCAUUCCCUGCACCAUUUCUACCUGGGGGUGAUAGAGUCCAUCCAGAGACUCCCCUGGUUCACUCAGGUGGGGUAUGUGGAUGACCAACUCUUCACUCGCUAUGACAGCAACUUGAGGAGGGACCAGCCUCAAGUCUCCUGGAUGGAGAAUGCGGAGAAUGCCUGGUUCUGGGAGUGGGAGACCCAUUAUGCUCAGAGGGCUGAGCGGUUUUUCAGGCAGGCCCUCAUGACCCUGCAGAGUCAUUACAACCAGAAUGAAGUACCUGGUUGGCUGUGAGCUGAAUAAAGACAGGAAGUGGAAAAGAAGGUACCCACAGUGUGGCUACAAUGGGAGGGACUUCACCAACCUGGACAAGGAGCCCUUCUCCUGGACAGCCUCCAAUACCCAGGCACAAGUGACCAAGAGGAAGUGGGAGGAUGACCCUAGCUUUGCCCAGCAUUGGAAGCCCUACCUGGAGAAGGAAUGUAUUGAGAGACUACAAAAAUACAUGGACUUUGGGAAGGAGACUCUGCUGAAUCUACAAUUUAGAGACGCAAGU